AAGCAUCAUCUACCAGUAGUCCCGUGUUCUCACGAUGAGGGAGGCCCUUCUGUCCUUUCUGUGACCGGAGCAAUGCUGACCUCGGUUUCUUGGACCCAUUCCAACUCAGGAGCCUUCACGUAGAUGGGCCCAGUCAUGCCUCCCAGUAAGAAGCCGGAAAGCUCAGGAAUCAGUGUUUCCAGUGGCCUGAGUCCGUGUUACCGGGGCAGCGGUUUGUCCAAGGCCCUCCAGGAGGACGAUGACCUUGACUUUCCUCUGCCUGAUCUCCGAUUAGAAGAGGGGGCCAUGGAAGAUGAGGAGCUGACCAACCUUAACUGGCUGCACGAGAGCAAGAACCUGCUGAAGAGCUUUGGGGAGCCGGUCCUCCGGAGCGUCAGCCCCGUGCAGGACCUGGACGAUGACACGCCCCCGUCCCCCGCCCACUCGGACAUGCCCUACGAUGCCAGGCAGAACCCCAACUGCAAACCCCCCUACUCCUUCAGCUGCCUCAUAUUUAUGGCUAUCGAGGACUCCCCGACCAAGCGCCUGCCAGUAAAGGAAAUCUACAACUGGAUCUUGGAACAUUUCCCGUAUUUUGCAAAUGCACCCACUGGGUGGAAAAACUCAGUGAGACACAACUUGUCAUUGAAUAAGUGUUUUAAGAAAGUGGACAAAGAGAGGAGCCAGAGUAUUGGGAAAGGGUCGUUAUGGUGCAUAGACCCAGAGUACAGACAAAAUCUAAUUCAGGCUUUGAAAAAGACACCUUACCACCCAUACCCACAUGUGUUCAACACACCUCCCACCUCUCCUCAGGCAUAUCAAAGCACAUCAGGUCCACCCAUCUGGCCAGGCAGCACAUUCUUCAAGAGAAACGGAGCCCUUCUGCAAGUUCCUCCUGGAGUGAUCCAGAAUGGAGCCCGAGUUUUGAGCCGAGGGAUGUUUCCCAGCGUCCGGCCAUUGCCAAUCACUCCCAUCGGAAUGACGGCUGCCAUAAGGAACGGCAUCCCCAGAGGCCGGAUGCGGACUGAGAGCGAGCCGCCAUGCGGCUCCCCGGUGGUCAGCGGCGACCCCAAGGAGGACCACAACUACAGCAGUGCCAAGUCCUCCAACGCCCGGAGCGCCUCCCCGGCCAGCGACUCCAUCUCCUCCUCCUCGGCCGACGACCACUACGAGUUCGCCUCCAAGGCCACCCAGGAGGGCAGCGAGGGCAGCCAGGGCAGCUUCCAGAGCCACGAGAGCCACAGCGACACGGAGGACCACGACAGGAAGCAGGGCCCAAAGGAGGCCACGGAGGCCCUGGGAGACAGCGGGUACGCGGCCCAGCACCGGAAGCGGCACCACCUGGCCAAGGCACGCAAGGUGGCCAGCGACACGCUGCCCCUCAAAAAGAGACUGACGGAGAAGCCGCCCGAGAGCGACGACGAGGAGAUGAAGGAAGCCGCGGGCUCGCUCCUGCACCUGGCCGGGAUCCGGUCCUGUUUAAAUAACAUCACCAAUCGGACGGCAAAGGGGCAGAAGGAGCAAAAGGACACCGCGAAAAAUUAAAGCAAAACAAAACAAACCAACAACAAAACAUACCCCGAAAACAAGUCACCGGUUUGUUUCGAACUUCCGGCCGUUUGGUUUCAGCAUGUCAGGAGAGCUCUGAUGAUUUGUGGCAAUAUCAGCAAAUUAGUCAUUUCCUUUCCUUCUGGUUUGGUUUUCUGUUCUUUUCUUUGAUUUUCUUUUCUUUUGGUCCCCCACCCCACCCCCCCACCUUUGUUUCGGACCCUUGCGGAUUUUCUUUUUAAAGGAGAUUGAAGCCAUAGAACUCAUAUGUUGACACUCAGCUGUUUUACAAAACAAACAAAAAGCUUUUCAUUCUCUGAAGACAAAACCGGAAAAGCCAAAAUGACCACUGUUUCCUCCAGCUUGUCAGAAACGCGUGGCCGAACCCACGGGAUGUCACCGUGAGGGCCCCAGGCAGGCCCCACCCCACCGCCACCCCUUAGGUUGACAGGGUCCGGGCAGCCAUCUGCCUGGACCCUCUGAGCCACCACGCGGGAAGCGAUUGGGCCGCAGGGAGAAGUCCCUCGUCCCACCCUCCGGGCUUCUUAACCGUGGAGUUUGGUAACAAGGGCUUAGGGAGUGGAUAGCGGGGCUGUUCGUAGACAUCAGGCGCCUGGGUCGUGAGAAGAUGGGAUAAAACGUUAGUGAUGUGACUUAUCAUUGAAUUCUGUUCUAGAUUAAAUUAAGAAAAUGUUCUCGAA